AUAAAAACAUAAGCGAAAAUUUAUUACAAGCUAUUGUAAGUACGUCGUCAUAAGUGGUUCCCCGCAAUUUUACAAUAUAUAUAUAUGUGUGUAUAUAUAUAUAUACAUAUAUAUAUAUAUAUAUAUAUAUAUAUAUAUAAUUAUGAUUAUACAUACUUUUAAAUAUUAUCACAAAUAUAUUUCGAACAAGAAAUUAUUAGUAAAAUGUAUGUCUUCUUGCAUAUGCUUGUAGUAAUAAUAAUAAUAAUAAUGAUAAUAAUAAUAAUAUAGAGUUUAAACUAUAAGAUAUGAUAUGAUUUUAAAUAAAUGAAAACAGACGUGUCAAAAAAAAAGGAGAGAAAUAUUUUUUUAAAUAUUACAGCCUGUUGUAAUAUGUUUUUUCUUUUCUUACAUCUUUAUGUAAAAGUUAAUGGACGAACGUUAUUGUUAGAUAAACAUCUAUUAUUUUUAAAUACUUCCGGAAUACGAUGAGCGCUCGUUGAACGUUCAGCUUUCUGAACUCGUUCAUUGGAUGAAAUCAAUGGUGCUUUAAAAGUAUUAAGUAGUAAGAGGGUUCUCUUCCUAUGCAUAUGCAAAGUUACACCACGAGUUCUCAUGAUCGCAAUUUUCCACUGAUUUUACUAAACAAGAGCUCAUUCUGUGGAAAAAGUUUUUUUUUACAUGAAAUUGUUCACAUAUUUUUGAAAAAAAAUUUUUUCUGCAAAAAUCAUGUCCAAAAAACAGAUAAUUUUUACACAAGUAAAAGCCUAUUUUAAAGAUGUAUAGGUAUAUAUUAUCUCGACAUUAACAUAUAUUAAUUAGAAUAUAAAGUAAUAUUAUAUAUAGAUAAGACAAAUUUUAAUAUCGUCUUAAUAGCAAUUAAAUCGAUUUUAGAUACAUAUAUUACAAAUAAUAAUCAAAAUUAUAUUAGAUCGUCAACUAAUAAUUAUACGAAUUCUAACAUUUUCUUUUAUUAUAAUUAAAGUUUCCUAUAAACACUUUGAUUUUAAUUUUAUCUGCGUAACUUGUGUCGAGAUUGAGGUCACGAAUUCUUAAAAAAAAAGAGAGAGAAAAACAAGGUAUGUAAAUGCUCGUAUUAAAAGAAUUCAUUACAUUAUUAAUAAUAAUAUUUUUAAUGAAAUAAGAUAGUAAAAAUACAAGUACAUUAUUCGAUGAAAAAAAUACGGGAAGAUCAUAAACAUUUCACAUAAAAGAAUAAAAAAAAGGGGCAAAUGCAAUUAAUUUCCAAAUAUAUAAUAAAAUCUCAUUCACCAAACUUCCAUCGCAAGCCCUUUUUAUUAACUCGAUCAAUACUUCGCAUGUUUCUCAUUUUAUUUAUUUCCAAUAAAUGUAAACACGAAUAUUGAAAAUAUUUUCUCCGCUUUGUUAGGAACUUUACAAACGUCAUAAUUAUUAAUAUUACGAGUUAGCGAUCUUGUAAAAUUUUUUGUCAAGAAUUUCUACCUGCGUAAAAGAGAAAGAAAGAGAGAGACCUACAUUUCUUAAGUUAGAGACGACCAUAUUUAGUCUCACUAAGAACGAUGGAAUCUACCACUUUCCAUCUUUACUCUUUAUUUUCAGGAUGAUGAUAACGAUGACGAUAACGACGAUGGUGAUUUUUUUUUUCUAUUUUUUCGUUGCUUUUUUUUUUUAUUAAUCUCACUUUAUAUACCCCACCAAUAGAGAUGAUAAACGUCGUAGCGUAGGAGAAAAUUUGGAUAUGGAAAGGAUUAUUUUCUCCAAUGGAAUCUCUGAACGAUGGAAUUCGAAAACGACACACUAAGCCUGUCGGUGGUGACUGUACUCGGACACGAUUACCUUAAGAAAACGAAGAUAGGUGCGCUAGUAUUUGAGUUAAACACGUCUCUAAGAGGUGAACACGUGCAUACGUAGAUAUCUAUGUAUAUGUAUGUAAUAUACCUAUAUAUAGAUAAGUAUAUUUAUAUGUGUACAUACGUGUCCACGGCAUUCGAGGCAUCUCUCGUGAUGAUGAUGGUGAAUGUAGGUCCUCGGGUCGACAUCUAUCUAUGAUACCUACCUCUUCCUCCUCUACCUUAAGUCUUGUGUAUGUACCACCACUGCUGAGGAAUCACAGCUUGCUUCCACACAGAACGGUUUCUCUCCCCCACCUAACGAACGAACUUCAUUGAGUCUGAAACAACAGGUGUCUACGUAGUGCGUAACCGAGUUUUAUUUAAGUCAGAAAAUCAUUUCUAUUACCGCACUACUAGAGAUAUAGAAAAAAAAUAGAAAAUAAAUAAAUAAAUAAAACUAUGAACUAUACCAAUUUAAAGAACAAAACUGCAUUAGAUAUUAAUGUAUUAAUAAAUGUACACGUUAAUUAGUUACAUAAUUUUUUUUUCUUUUUCUUUUUCUAUUAUUAAAGGACGACACCGUAGCCAUGUAAGUGUAAUUUUUGCAACGGCAAAUGUUACUAUUGGAUUUUAUAAAUAUAUUAUCCUGUUUUUUUUCUUUUCUUGUCACCUGUUAUCUCAUCUCAAAUUAGAUCGUUUUAUAUAUUAUAUUAAUCAAUUUUAAAGUAAAUGUUAAUUGUAUAAAAUAUAUAUAUCUAUACAAAUAAAUAUCUCUAAUUCAGGAUAUGAGAACGUACAUAUACACAUAUAUAUCGAGAGAGUCAAGAUCAGUAAAUACAUUAUAGUAGUAUCAGUAAAGAGAAUGGAAUUAGAUCAAGUAUAACACUAUGAUAGUAGGUCAAGUCUCGGUAAAAGAUAUCAGAUCUGUAACAAUGUAUUGUAAUUAAUGAUAGAUGCAUUACUUAAUUAUAUUUUUUAUAUUAUUUUAUUAUUCAAUAAUGUUUACUAUUGUAUUAAUUCUUUUAUCUUUUCCUUUUUUUAUCCUUCUUCGCACGUAAAAAAAGAUAGCUGUUGUAAAUUGUACAUUGCGUCAAAAGCUUGCAGAGAGACGAUUGAAAUUUUAUCUAGUCAUACAUACAUCAAUCUCUCGACUUACGAAACACGAACAGGAUAAUUGAUCGAGUAAGAAUAAUCUAAGAAUAUGUACGUAGAGUAUAUAUACAUGUAUGAAAACGAGAUAGGAUUAAAUAAAUCGAACUUGGUGUUAUGCAAAACUAAUUAGCAAAUCUGAAGAGAACUUAUUGCAACAAAAAACGAAAAAAAAAGGAAAAGAAAAAAGAAUUAACAAAAAUAAAUUAGAGAGAAAAGUUUAAUCUUCGAGAUAAAGCGAAAGUCACAAUUUCUUUCCUCUCUACAAAGGGUUGAGAGGUAGGAGGAAAGGAAAAAAAAAAUCAGAAAACGAAAUGUUUUGGUUCGUUAUCCAAAAGUAAAACUCCCCUUCGCAUUUAUUUGAUUUUUUAUCAUCCAACUUGGAAGUAAGUUUAGCUUCUAAAAGAUAAUCGUUUUUUCUCUCUUUUUUCCUUUCCUUUUUCUUUUUUUGCAGUUCGUCGUCGAAAAGACCCGCAGACCCGUAUAUAGUAGACCGGUCGGUGCGACAUAUAACGGGUGGACAAGAAGUACAGUUUUUCGAAGAUCAGCCACCAUGGACAGUAAGAGAGCAAUACAAAGAACAAGAACAAGAGACAAGACAAGCCAAGACAAGAGGCGACCCAACACACACACACACACACACAUGUACACAUAGACACAGAAAAAGAGAGAGAAGCUGGGGUACGUAGAGCCGGAUCUCUAUCUUUCUCUCUCUCUUAUUCAACCUCACGUUUCCAGCUCGGAAAUAACGCGGCUACGAGACCCACGAGUCUGGGUCGGCGUUGCAGAAAGAAGUCUCUUUGCGCGCUAUGGACCCCGAUUUAUGUAUGUUUGUAUGUAUCCAUGUAUGUACAUAUAAACGUACGUAUGUAUGUAUUAUAUACCAAGUCUAUGACCAGUCAGCCGAGAAAAGUAGAGAGAAGGAAGGCAAAUAGACGGAAAAUAGAAGAAGGGAGGAGAAGAAGAGGGGCUGAGUUAGAGGGUGUCGGUAGGUACGAUCAUUCUCAGAGAAUCCUGAUUCUAAUCUAACCUCAUAUUCAACCUAUUCUUUCUAUCUUUCUCCAUUUUAUCUAUCCAUCUGAUCAUCCAUCUGUCUAUCCAGGUAUUUACGUGUUUAUCUAUCUGUUUCUUUCUGUUUACUCUCUCUCUCUCUCUCUCUAUUUCUCUAUUUAUCUUUAUCUGUUCUCCUCUUUCUUUCGACGUAUUUCUUUUCCCCCUCUUCAUCCCUCCCUUUCAUCUGUACUCCCUCCCUCCCUCCCACCUUUUCCUUUCUCUCUCUCUCUCUUUCUCUCUCUCUCUCUCUCUCCCCGUUCUCGACCUCUCGCUAGAUACACCUUUCUCCAGUUCCCAACACCCGGUGGGCCUUGGUUCUCCUUCAGUACUCACCGAGACACAGACAAAGUUACGCACUCAGAGAAAACGUCAAUCGGUCGUCUACUCGAAGAAACGCAAGGUACAAGAAGCAUAUUAAAGAUUUGGAUCUGAAAUAUUUGUGUGUUAUUCCAUGGGAUCGACGACGUGGCCGCGCGGGGGUUGGUUUUGAUGACAGUGUGUAGAAUAUCAUCGUAAUAUUCGCUAAGAAGUUUACAGUGAAACCCGUUUAACAGAAUUCGAUUCAGAUGGGCGAAGAUAUGUGGCAGCUAUUGUUUACGAAACUUCUUCUAUUUAGUAUCGUACUAUUGACCGUAAUAUCCACCGGUCGUUCCGAGGAUGGAAACUUUGACAAUGAUCAAAUUAGAGCCUCCAGGAUAGAAGGAGACUUGCAGGGGGAACAACAUAAUGGUUUAAACGACAAGAAAAACCCAGCUCAGGAAGUAUAUGGCAAAUCGUUAUAUGAUGAUAGCGCAUAUGUUGAUAACGAAGAAAAUCAGGCCUUUGAAAAUUCUGCCUCGGAUGAUACCGACGAAUAUCCUGAAAGUAGACCACGUAAAAGAGUUAGAAUUCGUAUUCCCAUUGUGCGAAGUAGAGUUCCGAAGAAACAUAAACUCACUGUGGUCAGACGUAGACCAUUAACGCCAUCAACCAGAAAUGAACAAAUUAAUCGUGGUACUACUCAAAUACCGAAAAGAAUUGUCACGAGGGUUAGAGCAUUAGGAUUGGCACAUUCCAGACAUUCAACCGCAGAUGUAAACGAUCUAGAAAAUAUUACACCGGAGACUCCACGUCACAAAAUUACAAUCACACGAAGAAGAAAACUAGAACCAACAGUUAGUACGGUAACACCAAAAAGAGUCAGAAUUACUAGGAAAAAAUUAGUCGCUGUAAGACCGAUAGAACCAACACCGACGUUAGCCAUUAUUACUACAGGCUUUUUUACUGCACCUUCAGACUAUAGUGAUGAAUACGAUGACGAAGAAAAUACGGAAGAAAAUAUCGAAGACGAAAAUCAUCCUACUACUACUCCGAGUCUUGAGGAGACACCCAAUGUCAUUGAAAGCAAGCCAGAAGAGGAGUUAAAUGAAUUCAAAUCGUCAGUAUUAGAAGUAACAUCGGUAUACGAUGUUGUUGACCCAAUGCCCGUUAUAAUUACCGACAACUUUUUCUUUCCACCAUCUGACGACGAGGAAGAUGAAAAUUAUGAGGAUAAUUAUACGGAAACAACGACGUCUGACAAUUUAACUACAGAUGUAUCUACUUUGUUAAAUGAACAAAAUAAUACGGUACAAAACGAUACCCGAUUAGAGACUGUUGAUAGUACAACGACUAUAUCAGAUGUAAGUGAAGAAAACCUCACAAAUCCUGUCACAGAAUUUGAAACAUUAAACGAAGAUGUAAUAUCGAAUACAGAUACUGACACUGAUGUACCAGUUAACAAUGCAACGUUAUUACCAUCUGUAACGAUAAAAGAAUCAACUAGUAGUCUUAACGAAGAAGACGCUAAUGAGCUCGCUAUAUUGCAUUCUAAUAAUGAGACUUCGGAUGAAAUCAUGGAAAUAACUACUUCUUUAUCAGAAGAAACAACUCCAGUAGAACAAGAAGAAACAACUCUUGCACAAGAAGAAGAAACUUCUCUAGAAGAAAAAGAAACAACGCCUGUACAGGAAGAAGAAACAACUGUUACAGAAGAAAAAGAAACAACUUCUGUAGAAGAUGAAGAGAUAAUUUCUCUCCACGAUAAAGAAAUAUUACUUGUUAAAACAAAUGAUGCGAUAACAGAAAUGACUCUUUCCGAUAUCCCAGAUAUAUCCAUCUCAGCCGACAAAACAAAUACCACUACUGUAUCUGAAGAAUCCAUUGCAGAACAAAGUACCACGGUAUCGGAUAUAAUUGAACAACCAGUAACAACUAUAUCAGAAACAAUAGAAACUAGUAUAGAAAGAAAUUCUGUACCCUUAUCGAUAGAUAACACAAUCAAAGAUUUUGAUUCAACGAAAGAUAUCAGUACUUCUAUAAAUGAUUUGGCAGAUACCAAUCAAAUUCUAAACCCUAAAGAAGCACAAAAGGAUAAUGAGAUAUUAACGGUAAAACCUAUACAGUCGUACAAUGGAUUUGAAACUCCUUCGAUUCUUAUUACAGUAAACACGUCCAAAACAGCUAUUGACAAUCUGUCUAGCUCGAAAACUCCUGACUCAGAAACAUCUUUAACACCAAAUUCCUCCAUUUCUUCUAACUUCGAUAAUUCUUACAUACCAAGCGUAAUUCCUCUUAAUACAGAGUAUACCACAUCAAAUACACCAGAGAUUCGCAUUAAAACAACAAAUGUUUUAACAUUGAAUCUUACGAAAACUAUCCCAUCGCCUACGCCAGAAGAUAACGAAGCUGGUCUGGUAGAUGAUCUUUAUCUAUCAUUAUCGCGUCCUGAUUUUCCUGAAAUCGUAAAAUCCAAAUCAGAAUCAAUUGAUAUAGAAUCCAAAUCUAUAUCACGUUAUGUCCCAUUAGAACCUAGUACUAGUAUUUACUAUACAGAGACGAUAGUAACAUCAACAAGAUUGAGAACUUAUACGUACAUAGUGACUAAACUGAAUGGACUUGAAACACAAGUGACAUCUUCUACGACUAUUAGACCGAGAGUAACGACACUUACUUUGACAGUGCCCAUCACAGUGACUGUCACUCCCACCAUGGAGUCAUCAGUCAACACAUAUUCAUCUAUAUGUAAUGCGGUAUCUGUUUUUGGAAAAGAUACGAUGAAAGAAGAGGAAGAGGGGAGAAAACUUAAUCUGGCCACACGCAUAAUGUCGAAUGGGGUUGAAGUUAUUGUAGCAGGACCAACUCCAGCUUUGAGAUGGGAAAAUUCAAAUCCUCAACCAACCCUGACAUUAUCAGAUGCAGUUGUUAUGUUAUUACCCCAAGAAAAGUCUAGUGACUUUGUUACAAAAACAUGUACUACUACUUUUACGUAUUUUGGAACUAUUAAUAACAAUGGAAAUUCUGUUAUCGCUACAGAGAUCAUGUCAAAUGCAGCUACGGAAGAACAUCAUAAAAAAACUGGAUCAGAAACAGCAAGUGUUUUCUUAGAACCAUCCCCAACAUUACAUACCGAGGUGCUCAAGACAACAUACACGUAUUUAACCGUAGACAAGAAUCAUGCUAAUAUGGAAGAUUCAUUAAUCAGUAGUACGAAAGUUGUAACAAAUAAAAUCACAGCCCCCCAACAUUAUUUACAUAUGAUGUUGGAACCUUCAGAAGUAUCACAUCCAGAAACAAAUACGUAUUUAAGUACUAAGGUAUUAGAAAAAACGUAUAUGGAAGAUGGUCAUACUAAAGUGCAAACAAGUGAUAAGAUCACUCAGUUAAUAACAACUGAAUCUGGAUCACCACCUAAGCCUACUAGUGUCAUUACUACUUUAACAGCUUUAGAUAGUACUGAAGAAGCUAUGACAGAUAUAAUGAAGACCUACUAUAUCACAUAUACAUACUAUAACACAUUUUUUGAGAAGGGUACAUCUGUUAUACGUACUAACGUUGCAACCUCUACAAAUGUUGUUUUAGAAAAGAUACCUACAAAAGAUACAUCUACGACGAAAGUAACACAAAUCAAUGCUACACCUGAACCCAUACAAAUUUUUGCUACCAAAACGUAUCUCACAACGUUUACUUAUUUCACAACACUUUUACAGGCUGGGCCUGAUGGUGAAACAUCAACGACCAUAUCAUCUCGUUCUCAUAUUAUAGAAAAUGUAGUAACAGAAUCGAUAGCACCGAGUUUACUUGACGCUGGUUAUAUGAAUGCUUUACUCACGACAGCUUAUCAUUCUGAUCCAGUUAAAAAUGUGGUUACUGGCUCGACAAUUAUUUUCUUUGAUGAAGAAGAUCAGAUUGAUCCAACGACGUCUAGCAGUUUGGUAGAGUCUACUGCAUCUGUUGGAAUAGGGAAAGUUGAAAAACCUUCUGAGAAUUUAACAUUGACGACAUUAGCUAGUGCAUCUUCGGAUUCGGGAGAAUCAACUGUCAAUCGCGUAGACUAUGUCAACAAUCAGGAUAAAAAUGUAACAACGUUGUUGAAUAAUACUGUUGAACACAAACGACCUUCCACUCAUGAUGGCGGUGACAUUCAAUUAAGUAAUCUUCUACAUCUAGGAUCUCUAGGGAUCAAUGGUCUUUCUGCUUUGAAGCCUGUAAUUACAGCAAUGGCUGGUUUAUUACAAGGAAAAACUGCAACUCGUAGAAACGAUACAGAACCUUCAUCGGUAACUCAAGAAACUACUACACAAAGGUCACCUAUCUACAUUCCAGUAGCAGAAUUUGCUGAUGAUGAUAUUGAAGUUGCGGAAAGUCAAAAUAUAGCUGCUCAUUUGGUAAAUCCUAAACACAAUCACAUAGCUGAAACACGACAUAAAGUUACCAGUAGCUUAGCAGACGGAAUACCUAUAUCUCCUGGUGAAGUUAUAACAGCUAAUAGUGAUGUCAUUAUUGGGAAACCUGGUAAAAUGGCACCAAGACCACCGCAAAAUUUUGUUAAAGAAGAUGAACAUAUUGGAAUGAAACCACCACCAUUACCAGUACCAAAUAUCCCUGUCCAUCCAGUUUUAGAAAUUCUUGAGAACAAUCGUGAAGAUUUUCAGGAACAGCAUUCCCCUAAUAUAUAUAAAGAACAGCUACAAAUUAUACCAUCUCAUAGGAUCUACGAAGAACAUUUAAAAAUUCCACUUUCUAUGUCACUCAACGCAAAACUCCAAGUAGUUCCAACGCAACCUCAGAAAUUACAUCCCGUUGAGUCCGUUCAGACUAAUAAGAUCGAAUUAAAACACGAGGUCAUACAACACGAUCCUUUAUUGAAACCACCUGACAAGCCAGGUACAGAGAAGCUUAUAAACAAGCAAUCUGAAUGGAGUACAGAUGGAUCCAGAGGACCAUGGGGAGCAACAAAUCCUUUAACACCACCUGCAUUGCCUGUUACAUUUAGUGAUCUUUAUUCGGAGAAACCAGUAAACGAUAAAUCUUGGCCGACAUUGUUUAAGCAACAAAAACAUCCAAAUUGGGCACAAAAAGAUUCUUUCCUUCCCGAUGGUUUACCUGAAAUUCAAACGUCGGAAACACAAUCAUCGCCAUCCGAACCGAUCGUUCAUCAAGUCCCACACAUUAUUGACAGAUCUACAGGUCAACCUUUACUUGUUAAUAUUCAACCUAGCCAAGUAGCAAAUGUUAUGAUUCCUCAAGAUGGAACACAAGCUUUGAUAUUUGGAGAUACAGGAGAACGUCACAUAAGUGGUCAAUACUUCGAUGAUCCAUCGCCAUAUCCAGAACCUGAAACUGGUCCUGGAUUUGUUGGAAUCCAAAAGGCAGAAGACCUAUUCCAAAAUUUACAUGGGAAAGAUCCAUUAAAUUACAUGGUUCCACCGUCACCACCAAGCAAUUUCAAACCUGCUAUACAAAAAACAAAUUCUUCCAAUAGACCACAUAUAAUCAGAUUACCGCAAGUUCGUUUCGAUCAUAUAAAACCACCGGGCAAACUAGAACCACCUUUUAUCAGAUCUGAUAAGAGGCCAGCCGACAUUCAUAUGAUGAAACAACCCCAUCAAAGUAGCGUCACGAAUGGCCAAGGUUUUGUUCACAGUGAGAUUUUAGUUCAUCAUCGGCCAGAAACUUUAAACUUACAAUUGGCUUCACAUACACCAAUGAUUUCUAAUGGUCAUCCCACUAAUUCAUUCUCUUCUAAUGGGCAAUUUGUAAAAAAUCAAAAACCCAUAAAUACCUUACCAACUGUUCCAUCUAGACGAGCGGAAUCAACUAUUCCUACUGAAAUACCACAUAUGUAUUCGUAUCACAAUAAACCAGAUUCAGGAAACGAAGUUAUUUCAAAUACCAACUGGAAAUUAAAUAAAAAACCACCAAGGAUUACUCUGAACAAUCGCUUAAGACCUCAAUCUGUAUUGAGACCAACUACUCAUCGACCUCACAACAGACCAGCGUAUAUCGAAAAACCUAUUAAUUCUGUUACCACAAAGACAACAUAUCCCGCGUCUCCAAAAUUGCCAUUUAAACCACAAAAUACAGCUCUAUUGCCUCAUCAAAUUUCAUCGAAUACAUAUUUACAAUAUGAAUAUUCAAACAAGCCAAUAUCAAUUGGUAAUAAAAAUAUAAACAAUGUAACGAAUCAAGGAAUUACUCAUAAUUAUCAAGUAAACUUUCAAGACCGAUUACCUCAAACCAACCUAGAAAAAACAAAUUUACUAAAUAGUGGAGAAUCUAUUACUAAAUGGAACCACGAUCAGGCGCCUAUUGGAGCAAUAGAAUAUCAUAAUCCUUCGUAUUUAAAAAUAAAAUCAGAAAACACAGGAUAUCAUUCUCCGAUGUUAAUUGUUACUUCGAAGAAUCAUACUAUUGAUUCUAUACAUUUCGAUGCACAAAACAAAUCUAGACCAUUAGAUUCUGAGAUUGCUGAAUCAGAACAUAUAAAAUCACAUGAGAAUGUUGAUUCAAGUGAUAUUAAUUAUGAAAAGAAAUUAAAUGCGGUAAUAAACCUACAAAACAAGACUACAGAUUCGAAAAACAAUUAUGGAAUGAUUAAUACAGAUAAACCAUCUUAUGGUAAACCAUCAAUUACUGAACAAAGUCUUACAUAUAAUAAAAAUGAUAAUACACCUAUUUUACAUCCAGGUGAACCUUUCAAAUUAAAAAAUAAUAGCACAAUUUCGGCAAAUGAUACUUUUUAUGGUACAAAAACGUACGAGAUACCCGUCGUAAAGAGCAAGCCACAUAAAAUGUAUGGCGGUAAUGCUAAUCGUGAUAAACAUCAUGAAUAUAGAGAAAAAGAAAGUGAAUUUGAUUACAAAACCGUUCAAGAAUCCUCUCCUAUUUAUCUGAACGAUCAAAAUCCUCUGAUGCAUCAUAACGAAAACGUACAAUCAUCGACUAUACGAUAUUCCUAUGAACAAGAUGACACCAUAGAUCUCAAACCACCUGCAAUUAUUCCACAAUUCAGACCCAUUGCCGAUCACGAAUCGACCGAAUUUUAUUCUAAACCACAUGGUAUUGUCACUCCUGAAACAAGACCUACUCGUAUACCAGUUGUAGAAAUAAUAACAAAACCAACUGAUAUGAUAAAUGUUAAACAAAAUAGUAAUAUUAGCCAUAUUAAUAAUUUUAAAUCAAGUAACUUCGAUAGUUUCGUCAAUCAAAAUUCACACAAGGAAUAUAAAAUAGAUCAACAACAACAAACUAUCUCCGAAGAUAUGGUGAAACAAUAUGCUAGACCAAGUUGGAAUGUUGGUACUUUGGAUACUAACAUGUAUAUGACUCAAAAGAAAUCAGGAACUAAACCGAAUGAACUUACGAACUAUACGAUUCCUGAUUCCAUUGAUAAGAAAGUUGAUACGAGAAUACAAAAAUUGGAUAUGAAAACUAAUCAUCCAUCGCACUUUCUUGAACAAGGAUUAAUCACUGGAGUUCAUCCUGAAUAUCCACAUAUUAUAACAAAACCAAAACUACAGGUACCAGAUCCUGUUGUUAUCUCGAGUACUGCAAUGAAACCGGAUUCGCAUAUUCAAUCAAACGUUCAAUUCUCAAUGCCUGUUGAGAUUACUGACGACGAACAAAACGAUAGUAAAACUCAAACUGAAAGACCUCCUAGCAUGUUAAUAAUAAAAACUAAUUCGUUAAAAAAUAAAAAUCAAGAUAAAGAGAUGCUUGAAACUGCUUAUCAAACUAAUUUUGCUUCAUUGGAUUCAGUCAUUGGUAAUUCCGAAAAUCAUAAAAUUAAAAGCAACUCUCACAACAUGAGUAUUCACAGUAAUCCUCAAAACAUGUUGUUCAAUGUAAAAGAUCCUAAAGUUCCUUCGAGAGACAUGAUGCCACCACCUUUGAAUUCGGCACCAUCAAAAUUAGAAGAUGAGCAACAAAAAUUGAAACCUCCACCUCCGCCAUCUAAUGAUGUUCUUGGUUUAUCACCUCCACCAUUGGAAAUUACAACCACGUACAGACCUAUGCAACAUAGACCAGAUCCAAUUAUUAUUAAUGAACCAGAUUUAAAAUUAUCUUCUAAAUAUAUUCCAUUAAAGGAAUUGACAAAAACAAUGGUUCCGCAGGCUAACGUGAAAUCUUCAAAUUUAAGAACGACGAUAACCAAAUCAUUUCUUCCUGAACAACUUUCUGAAAGAAUGGUACCAUCCCCUCCAGCAUUACAAACUAAAUCCUUUGAAAUAAGUACAACAAAAAUAGGUAUUUUACCAUUUGGAUCAACCCAAAAGCCAACUGCAAGUAUAUCUAAUGUUUAUAUCAAUCAAUAUAUCAAAUCGAAAUAUGCAACGACACAGAACACAAUCAAACCUUCCAUUAUGGGUACACCGAUUUUACAUGCUUCUAUUUCAACUAAGGGCAUGGAACAUUCAAGCGAUCCUGGAGUAUCAGUGCAGCAAACUGCUAUUACUACUACAAAAACAGUUACAUCGACACAAGUGAAAUCAUCCGGUAGUCAGAUCAAAUCAAGCAAACCGUCAUUACAACUUGAUAUUAAACCAACAAAAUCAUUAACGUUUGAUACAUCACAUACUUCUGUUAAAUUGGCAGAACAACCAAUAUUUUUACAAUCAAGUCAUGAUUAUAUUUUGCCAUCUGUUAACACAGAACCCACAGAAUCUCUUACAUUUGUUGUAACCACUGAUGGAAUUAAAGAAUCAUCCACUGUAAAAAAUCAUGAAAUAACCAAAACAUAUAAACAGAUGAAUGCAACAACGACAGACAAAAUACCUGUAGUACCGAUACAAACGAAUAAAUCAUUAAAAAGUAGUGAUCCUUCUUUAACGAAAGGAUAUGUGGAGUUUAAAAUAAAUGAAACAACUUCGGUAACUGUGAAACCUAACGUAGGAACAGUGAUAUAUGAAAAUGUCUCUGAUACAAAUGUCGGUGUAAAACCCAAAGAGAUCGUUCGGAUUAAAAUGUCAACAUUAACGAAGAUAGAAACAUUUGCAGUAGGAUUGCCACCAACAACAAGAACAUUUUUGCUUACACAUACAAUGACUUCGACUACUGUGGAAACAGUAACAGAAACUUUUCUUCAUCCAACCAAUACUCUGACUACUAUGACAUCAAAUAUUUUGCAAUCUAUGGUAACACGGUUACCAUCAAUUUAUGAAAAUAGUAUCGAUAAUGAUUCGAUCUUUGUGGUAAUGAGCGAUCAAAAGCCACCCGAGCCUGGUGCUGAAGAGGUAGAAGCAGAAUAUGGCGAAGAAGAUAUAUCAAGGGACGAACAAAAUCCUACAAACAAUGAAAUCCAUAGGGUUUUGGCUGGAGGUAUUUUAGGUGCACCUAUAGUACCUCUUCGACCUACCAAUCAAUGCACACCAGAAUGCAAAGGGUCUAAAGCAGAAACAUGUGUAGAAGUAGAAAAUGAAAUGAGAUGCGUCUGUCGACCAGGAUUCGCAAGAAUGUUCCCAGAUCGACCUUGUAAACCAACUUAUACGUAUACUCUUCAUGUUGGAUUGGAUCGUAUUGGACACGAACCUGUAGCUUAUCGAGAAAGUUGGAACGAUUCUACAUCUCUAAUAUAUAGACGACUUGCUGGAUCAGUGAAAGAUGCUUUAGAUAGAACAUUAAUGCAAAGUGAUCUUAGAGAUAUCUACAGAGCUCUUAAGAUUUCGAAAUUUACUUCUGAUCCAGUCAAAGUGGUAUUUCAUGUACAACUUAGCGACAAUGCUAAUGAAACCAGAUUAAAAGAAGUUCUUCGGAAAUAUUUAGUUGGCAGUAAUUAUAGUUUGGGUGGUACUGAAGUUUAUGCUUCGAAAAAUCUUGAAUUGAUUCAUGCAUCAGACUUUGAUGAAUGUUCGAUUGAAGAGGAUGGUCCUCAUCACGAUUGUUCACCAAAUGCAGCCUGUUUUAAUUUGAGAGGAUCUUAUCAAUGCUCUUGUAAGGAAGGUUGGGCAGAUUUAUCAGAGAAUCCUGCAUAUCCUGGAAGAAUAUGUUCGCAAGCACCGAUAGGUUGCGCAGGAUGUAACAAUAAAGGACAUUGUGUUACUAAUAUUCAUGGACAAGAAAUUUGUGAAUGUUUCCCAUGGUACAGUGGUCAACGAUGUCAAGUUAAUUUAAAAGUGAUGCUGAUAGCUCUGGUAACAACAGGAGCCAUUUUAUUGGGCUUGCUAGCUGUAUGUGUAGGCUUAGCAUGCUUUAGACAACCCGUUCAUAACAAACAUACUUCUGGAGAUACUCGUGCAAUGAUUUCCGGAGCAGGUGGUGACACUAGCAGUGAAGAUAGUGUCGGAGAUGUAACUAUUCCUUAUCACGUGCCACAUGUUUUACCACCACCGCCACAAAUGAUAGCACCAUUACCUCCAAUGAAGAGACCAAUCCGCAAAAUUAGUGAAAAAUCACAUCAUCCGCCAAGAAAACCUAUUGCAGCUGCAUCAGAAAUGACUAAUGACGAACAACGAGACCGUUCUUUAACUGUUAUGAUUCCACGUGCCAAAUAUCGAUCGGCUCCUCAGUCACCACAAAAUUAUAAAACAACUCUGAGCACAUUUGUAACAGACGAACAUAAACUUAUAAAUUACCUCGACAAUGGUUCUCAUCAUCCAGGAAAUCGAAAACAAAGUAUAUCGAGUACAAAGGAUUGUAAAGAAUCUGAUUUACAAGCUGCAAGGGCAUCUGCAGUGUCAACUGGUGCACUUGUCAGUGCCGGAUUCCAGGUAUCAGCAACAGUAACAAGAAUGAUGGAUGCCGAAUCAACCUUAGCUAGAUCAUGCGGAGAAACUACUAUAGAACCACCAACAAAAGUUCUAAAGAAUUGUGAUAGUCAAGGCGAUCUAACAUCCACUUUAGCACGCUCUUGUGGUGAAACAACAAUACAAACGCAAACAAAACUACUUAGACAGGAUUUAGCUGAAGCGGGAUCUAUUUUGGCCAGGUCUUGCGAAGAAACAACUAUUCAGCCAUUUACAAAAAUAGCGGCUACUCGAACAAAUAGUAUUAAAGAUACCAGGAACAAUAAAAAUUCCAGAGAUAAUGGUAGUGAAGGACAUACUAUGGCUGAGCGGGAUUUGGGAAGUACUUUAAGACUUCCACCUCACCAUCCACCACUUUAUAGCCCGGACAGAGUUAGUGAUCGAGAAUCCAAUUUUGACUCUCUUUAAAUAAACGAGAGAGUAUAAGUAUAGUGAUAAAUCGAGGACUAAUCGAAAGAUAAUUAUAUUGAAGACACAGCCGCUGGACGGUGGUCUUUGCAGCUGGUUCAGUUGUAAAUACUGAAAUUCGAUGUUGCCAAAUAAUAUAACAUCAUUUAAGAAAUACUUUUUACAUCUUCGAAUGAUAAAAGAAAGUAGAACGAGAAAGAAAAUGGUAAGGCCAAAUGAUAAAGAUUUUUUAAAACAAAGAUAUGACUAUUUCUAGGCUUCGUCUUUUUCUUAAUAAUAAAGAAAAAAAAAAAAACAAUAAUAAAAAAAUUAAAGAUGCCAAGAAUUAUUAUUAUAUUAUAAACCAUAAGAAAAUUUUUAAUUCACAAAAAGUUGACUAAUAUUUUUUAAAAUAUUAUUUAUUUAUAUACUUGCAUUUGUAAAGAUAUAUCACGAUAUCCAUAUAUCUGCAUAAUAUUUGUAAGAACAGUUUGAGAUGUUGAAUUUCAGAUAAGGAAUUUAACAUGUACCUCAACAUGUUAGGAAAAAAAUGAUAAAAAAUGCAAGUUUAAAAAAAUAUAAAUUUUAAACCUUUCCCAAAAUAAUUGGGAAUAUACAUAACUGAUACUUAUUGAUUUAUUUAUUUAUCACUCGGUAAAUAUAUAUUUCUUAAAUAAUUUGAUAUGUAUCAGUUAUCUUUAAUUUAAUCACUCU